GUCAACUCAAAUCAAAACAUACUCUUGGGAUAAUGCCCAGGUUAUUUUGGUUGGUAACAAAUGUGACAUGGAGGAUGAACGGGUAAUCUUCACUGAGAGAGGCAAACAUUUAGCGGAGCAACUUGGAUUUGAAUUUUUUGAAACAAGUGCCAAGGACAACAUUAACGUCAAGCAGACAUUUGAGCGACUCGUGGAUAUCAUCUGUGACAAAAUGUCAGAAAGCCUGGAGACGGAUCCCACCAUCGCUGCCAGCAAGCAGAACACACGGCUAAAGGACACCCCUCCUCCACAGCAGCCCAACUGCGGCUGUUAA